CAGCUACAAGACGGCGUACAGACGAGGCGUGAGGACCAUGUACAGGCGACGCUCUCAGUGCUGCCCAGGCUUCUAUGAAAGUGGAAACCUGUGUGUUCCGUUGUGUACUGAAGAGUGUGCCCACGGACGGUGUGUCUCUCCUGAUACCUGCCAAUGUGAGCCGGGCUGGGGAGGACUGGACUGCUCCAGUGGCUGUGAGAGUGACUUCUGGGGGCCCCACUGCAGUAACCGCUGUCAGUGCCGGAACGGGGCCAAAUGUAACCCGAUAACCGGAGCCUGCGUCUGCACCGACGGCUACCAGGGCUGGCGCUGCGAGGAGCCCUGCGACCCCAGCUUCUACGGCAAGGACUGCCUGCUGGAGUGCCAGUGCCUCAAUGGCGCCACAUGCCACCAUCAGACUGGCGAGUGCCUCUGUGCGCCCGGAUACACCGGGGCCUUCUGUGAGGAGCCUUGUCCUCCAGGUAAACACGGCUCCCUGUGCGAACAGCGCUGUCCCUGUCAGAACGGAGGAACGUGCCAUCACGUCACCGGGGAGUGCUCCUGUCCCGCCGGCUGGGUGGGUCCGGUCUGCGCACAGCCGUGUUCGUUCGGAUCAUUUGGCAUUAACUGCUCUCAGGAGUGCACAUGUCGCAACGGAGGCCUGUGUGACCACAUCAGCGGCCAGUGCCAGUGCACUGCCGGCUACAUCGGAGAGAGAUGCCAGGAUGAAUGCCCAGUUGGCACUUAUGGGCCGCAGUGUGCCCACAAGUGUGACUGUCAGAAUGGGGCCAAGUGCUACCACAUCAACGGCGCCUGCCUUUGUAACGAGGGCUUUAAGGGCCCCAGCUGCCAGGACCGCUUCUGUCCCACUGGCUUGUACGGACUCAUCUGUGACAAAUACUGCCCCUGCAAAACUGCAAACACACUCAGCUGUCACCCUCUGUCAGGAGAAUGCACCUGUGCAGCAGGAUGGGCGGGGCUUUACUGUAACGAGACCUGUCCGGCAGGUUACUUCGGCGAGGGCUGCAGAGAGCUGUGCGCCUGUGCUAACGGAGCCGACUGUGACGGCACCACUGGAGCUUGUCUGUGUGCUCCAGGGUUCAUAGGUGACGACUGCUCUAUCAGCUGUCCUGCAGGCCUGUACGGGAUCAACUGCACCUCACCGUGCUCCUGCCACAACGAGAUCUCCUGCUCACACAUUGACGGCUACUGCAUCUGCAGAGAAGGUUGGCAGGGUGUGGACUGCUCUAUCCCUUGCUCCAGUGGUACUUGGGGACUAAGCUGCAAUCAGACGUGUCAAUGUGCCAACGGGGCGGCCUGCGAUCCCGUCAACGGAACCUGCACCUGCUCCUCGGGCUGGAGGGACGAAUACUGCGACGUACCGUGUCCUGAGGGAUCAUACGGGCUGGACUGCAGAGAGAGAUGUGACUGUGUCAAUGCUGAUGGCUGUGAUCCAGUGACCGGCUUCUGUCACUGUCUUGCAGGUUGGACAGGUGUCCAUUGUGAUAGUGUGUGUGAGGAGGGACGCUGGGGACCCAACUGCUCCUACAGCUGCACCUGUGAGAACAGAGGCUCCUGCUCCCCAGAGGACGGCACCUGUGUGUGCGCUCCCGGCUACCGCGGCACUAACUGCAGAAGAACAUGUUCGCCUGGUUUCUACGGCCAUCGUUGCAGCCAGUCGUGUCCUCAGUGUAUCCACAGUGAUGGGGCGUGUCACCACAUCACCGGCCAUUGUGAAUGUCUCUCUGGCUUCUUCGGCUCCCUCUGUAAUCAAGUGUGUCCCAGUGGAAAGUUUGGUAAAGCCUGUGCUGAGGCCUGUGUGUGCACCAACAACGGCACCUGUAAUCCCAUCGACGGCUCCUGUCAGUGCUACCCAGGAUGGAUCGGCGAGGACUGCUCCAAACCAUGUCCUCAGGGCUCGUGGGGCCCAGACUGCAUCCACACAUGUAACUGUCACAACGGAGCCCAGUGCAGCGCCACAGACGGAGAGUGUAACUGCAGCCCUGGAUGGACGGGACUCUACUGUACUCAGCGCUGUCCUACGGGUUUCUACGGCUCUCAGUGUGCUGAGGUGUGUCGCUGUCAGAACGGGGCGGACUGUGACCACAUCAGCGGACAGUGCUCCUGCAGGACGGGCUUCAUUGGACAGAGCUGUGAGCUCAAGUGUCCUGCGGGGACGUUUGGCUACGGCUGCCAGCAGCUGUGUGAGUGUAUGAACAACGCCACCUGUGACUACGUGACGGGAACCUGCUACUGCAGCAUCGGCUUCAAAGGCAUCCGCUGUGACCAGGCGGCUCUGAUGAUGGAGGAACUGAACCCCUACACCAAGAUCAGCCCGGCCCUGGCAUCAGAGCGGCAAUCAGCCGGUGCCGUCCUGGGCAUCAUCUUCCUGUUGCUGCUCAUCAUGGCCAUGCUCGGCCUGGUGGUCUGGUUCCGACUCCGGCAGAGAGAGAAAGGCCAUCAUGUGCCGAGCGUUACCUACACGCCGGCCCUGCACAUGAACUCCACCGACUACUCCCUCUCAGGGCUGCAGUGCACAGGCCUGCUCUCCUCUACAGAGUCCUCUCCCAGUAACAGCUCUGUAGGCCGCUGCUUCUCCAACCCCAGCUACCGCACCCUGGGGCCCUGCACCUACGCCGCGCACUACGCCAAGCCGGACAAGAGGAGCACCACCAAGAUGAAGACAAAGAAGCGACACAGGAACAGUGCACCGGAGUGGGGGGCCUACUGUAACCUCAGCGAGCUGGGUGUUUACUGCAUUGACCGGCGUUACAGCUACCACUUGGAGCCGCGCUACAGAGACUAUAUGAAGGGCUCCUUGUCCAGCACCUGCUCCCUCAACAGUGAAAACCCAUACGCCACCAUCAACGACCCACCCGGUCUGUGUAAACACUCGGAGAGCAGCUACGUGGAGAUGAAAUCGCCGGCUCGCCAUGAACACGUGACACACUGCUGCUCCACCGCUAUCAUCACCACCACCACCACCACCACCGCACCCACCAAGAACGUCUACGACAUGGAACCAACCGUCAGUAUUGUACAGGGAGCCGGCAGCAUUGUGGUUCCCAGUUACCCUCAGAGCCCAUACGACCUGCCCAGGAACAGCCACAUCCCCAGCCACUACGACCUGCUGCCUGUGCGCCCCAGUCCCUCCCACAGCUACAGCCUCACCCUGCACAGCCACAGCCCUCCGCUGCCCGGCAGCCCCACAAGCUCACUGCUCUAGACCCCAGCAGCCAGACUGGACACUGGACCAGUGCUCCCAGUUCAUCCAGAACCAGGAAACUGUGAACUGGGACAGAACAUGGAAAGAUUGGAAUGAUGGAAAGAUUGUGUGUGUGUGAGAAUGUUUAUCAUUUUAUCACUGUAUUAUAUUCAAACUGUUUGAGCUGUUUUUGUGCCAGUCAAUACUUCAUAUUUGUGUUGUAUUGUAAAGUCCCCCUCAUCAACAAAAUGUCAAUCGAGGAAAUAUAAACGUUGUACGUAUGCCCACAUGUGUCAGAAGACGGGAACUCGAGGACGAUAGGAAAAGAAAAGCAAAGUGACUGAGGUAUUCGUGUAAAUUUAUCUGGGUGAGACUGUCAAUGUGCGUGCCAAAGACGAGACUGGCACGCACAUUGGAUUCAGAGGAUCUACCAAGCCUGCACAAUGAAGAAGCAUCACAUGGGCAUUAUUUCUUGCACUGCAAACAAACUUGUAUGGACAGCUCUGGAGAGAAUGUGCUCAUUACGCCGAUAAUCUCCCACAAAAAGGGAAGUAUGUGAAUAAAUGCACACAAACUGCAGUCUGGUCAGAUUUACACUACCUGUAUAGUUCUGGUAUUUUUACACAUUGUUUCUUAUUUCGUGUUUACAUAUUUGAAGAUCCUAAACGGGAUCCAUAUUUUGUCUCUAAAAAAGUGAUCUUUUUUCUAUGUACUGUAGGCAAAAUGGUGUAUUGGCUGUACAGUCACUGUACACUAGUGAUUAUUAUAGUGGUUUUCUUUUAUCGUGUCGAGCUUUAUGCAUGCCAAAGAUUAUUCGAGAUAUAAUAGUUAGCCAUGAAUACCCUUUUUUUGUCCUUUGGUGCGAACUGAUUAUUGUCAUCUGACUGUCUCAACAUGGGAAAAACUCCAAUCAGAAACAUGCUUUUUGGGAAUAUGCAACUAACAACUGUAUUCAUUAUUGAUUAAUCCUUCGAUUAGUUUUUCAAUUAAUCUAUUAAUCGUUUUGCCUAUAACAUGUCAUAAAAUAGUAAAAGUGUCCAUCACAAUUUCUGAAAACCCAAGAUGACAUCUUCAAAUAUCUUGUUCAGCCUGAUUGACUAAAACACCUAAGAUAUUCAAUUACUAUCACAUAAGGAAAAGAAAAUUGUCAUUGAAAUUUGACAAAAUGAUUUAAAUGAUUAAUCGAUAGAUUACUGGUAAUGGACUUGUUGAGUUUUUUCAACUCUAAUGCACUGAUGUAGUUGUUGCAGAAAGUUCAAAAGUGGAAGCACUUUCUAUAAAAGCCCAAUGCCUGUCAAAUAUUUUAAUAGUUAAACUUUAAUUUACUUAAACUUCCACCUCAACACUAAUGUCAUUACAAAAUCAUAAGAUGUAUGUUCCCAAAUAACACAAUGAUGUGUUUCAGAUGUUCUUGUAUCAACUAUUUCUGACAUUAAAUAUGAAAUAGAGCAGUGAUGUAUAAAAUCCUGCUAAAUUUUUCAGUAACGUAGGUCAGUUUUGUUACAAAUGUUGAUAAUUAUACCUCGGCAAAUAGCAAUAACAGGACAUGUUGACAAUCAGAUGUAAACAGCUUUCUUUUCUCAUGUAUUAUUUCCUACUUUUGUUCCAUUUGCUGCUUAUAUGUCUUUUCUUCACCUUUGAUCCAAAUAAUAGUUUCAGCUACAGUAGAUGCAUCGAGUGCUGGUUGUUCUUUUUGU